GUGCUCCCAUGAUGCCGCCGGUGCUGAUAGCCGCCUCGCCAGCAUAGCAUGGAUUCCCCCAUUGUGGCCCAGCUCUUCCGCCAGCUGUUCCGCCACCGCCCGCGCGGCUGCCAGGGCCAGUUCCCGCACCUGCGCAAUGGCUUGCGCAAGGGCCCCGCCGUCGCUGUGGCUCACCGGAGCUGCAGCGCCCACCAGAGCCGGUCCUACGUCGCCCGUCCCUCGCGCGAUCGUGGCAUGAAGACAAACGAGAGUCGCUGGCAGCAGCGGACCAACAUUCUCCCCCAGGACCGUUCCGAGGAAUUUGCAGAGUACCCGUACAUCACUAUGCAGGAGCUCAAGCAGCGCACCGAGCGGCCUCGCAAGGUGAAGAUGUUGCUCCGGGACUUCAUUGACGACAGUCUAUACAACCCCUACUACGGCUACUUCUCCAAGCAGGCCGUCAUCUUCAGCCCCGGCGAACCCUUCGACUUCCCCACGAUGCGAGACGAGAUCGAGUUCCAGGGCAUACUGGGCCGGCGGUACACCGAAUUCGAGGACCAGCUCGACGACCGCGAAGGCGAGAACCCGACGCGCCAGCUGUGGCACACGCCCACGGAGCUCUUCCGCCCGUACUACGGCGAGGCCAUCGCGCGCUACCUCGUCUCCAACUACCGCCUGACCACGUACCCGUACCACGACCUGCUCAUCUACGAGAUGGGCGCCGGCCGCGGUACCCUCAUGCUUAACAUCCUCGACUACAUCCGCGAAGUGGACCCUCAAGUCUAUGCUCGUACCAAGUACAACAUCAUUGAGAUAUCCUCGUCGCUCGCCGCCCUGCAGAACCGCCAUCUGCUCUCCUCGGCCGCCUCCCGGGGCCACGCCGACAAGGUCGAGAUCAUCAACCGCUCCGUCUUCGACUGGGGCCAGGUUGUGCCAUCGCCCUGCUUCUUCCUCGCCAUGGAGGUCUUUGACAACUUCUCCCACGACGGCAUUCGGUACGACGUCACUACCGAGGAGCCGCUCCAGGGCCACGUCCUCAUUGACGGCGACGGCGAUUUCUACGAGUUCUAUGUCCACGAGCUCGACCCCAUCGCUGCCCGCUACUUCCGCGUCCGCCACGCUGCCACCGGGGGCAACUAUCCCAGGCCAUAUCCCACCAAUGCCGCCUUGCGAUAUCUCUCCACCAAGAUGCCCUUUGCGGCCAAUCUUUCGGACCCGGAGUUCAUCCCCACCCGCCUCAUGCAAUUCUUCGAUGUCCUCGAGAAGUACUUCCCAGCCCACCGUCUCGUCACCUCCGACUUCGACUGGCUCCCUCAAGCCGUCAAGGGCCUCAACGCCCCUGUCGUCCAGACCCGGUACCAACGGCGUAUGGUGCCGGUGACGACUCCCCUGGUACACCAGGGCUACUUUGAUAUCCUCUUUCCCACCGACUUCCACAUCACGGAAGCCAUGUACCGCGCCAUCACGGGCAAGUUGACGCGGGUCAUGUCCCACGGCGACUUCAUGCGCAAGUGGGCUUACGUGGAGGAUACUGAGACGCGGAGCGGCGAGAACCCUUUGAUAUCGCACUACCGCAACGCCAGUGUUCUAGUAACAGUGUAACAAUACAAACGAGAAAAGCAACAGUUGUAGAGUAGAUGCCGGAAAAGAAUAUACCCCGCUAUGGAACCUCCAGCGAACACGGCCGCGUUCAUGGCCGUUCAAAACCAUCAUGACACCAUUUCACAUAACGUCUAU